ACCACCUUCGCAUCAUUUAUCUAAUAAAGCAUAUUCUCUCUCUCUCUCUCUCUCUAACUGUAAUCACCGUUCCUGUCCCAAACAUGGAGGUCAAGCCUUCACGUCUGACAGAUAAGAAGUGUGUGCCAUGCAAUCUGAAGGAAUUGCGACCCAUGAAUGAGGAUUCAGCACACACUCUAAUGCCACAGGUUGAUGAAUGGAAUUUGGUAAAUGAAGAUGGUGUAUUGAAGCUGAGGCGAUCAUGGACAGUAAAGACUUUCACCCUAGGAUUGGAAUUUUUCAAGAAAGUAGCUGUUCUUGCUGAAAAUGAAGGGCAUCAUCCUGAUCUUCACCUUGUUGGCUGGAAUAAUGUUACUAUUGAGAUUUGGACUCAUGCUGUUGGGGGGCUAACAGAAAAUGACUUCAUACUUGCUGCUAAGAUUGAUACGCUUAAUGUGAGUGACCUACUUAGAAGGAAGCCUUCAAACUGAGUUAACAAUGUUAGGAAGUGUUGGCAAGAACUAUUGCAUGUCUAUUUCCAGUAAUUUUUUUUUUUUUGUUUUAAGGCUCUGCAUGUCAUAUGGCAUCGAGUUGUGUUUUCAGCUUUAUGAUAUAUUUUCAUUUCUAUAUUUGCUUAGAGCUUCUUAUAAAA